GGGGUGGGCCAGUCUAUGGCUGCCCCCUUCUUCCCCUCCUGGGGUGUUGUGGGAAACAGUCAAGUCCCACAGGAAGACCUGGGGCCGAUAGCGCUGGCAGGAAGAAAUGCCACCCGGGUGAGCCAGUGGGGCCCAGGGGCAAGUCACGGUCACGGUGGCCCCGCCCCUCCCUGUCACGGGUGCGCCUGGCCUGUCCUUCCCCUGCCCAGCCGGCAUCCACACAGUCUGCUCAGAGUCGCCCUGCUGCUCGGACCAGAAGAGGGACCCAGGGGAAAAGCCAUGGAUGCUUCAGGAUCCUCCUCCCACUCUCAAGACGACAAUCAAAUCCACAAAGAGACACAAGAUCUAGACCAUGGAGAGACAGAUUUCCACAAGCAACAUGGGAAGUCUGAACUCUUUCCCCGAAAGCAAUAUGAGAGAGACAAGUCCUCCUCCUCUUCAUCCUCCUCCUCCUCCUCAUCGUCGUCCUCCUCCUCCUCCUCCUCAGAUAGCGGCGAUGAGGACCGGCACCUCAGAGUUCCUGGGAAACGUGGACGUGGACGGAGCCCAGGGCCUGGACACCCCCUCCGGGACAGGUCACCUGGUGCUGAGCACGGGGUCCCUGACAUUUUGAAGGAUGAACUUCAGCUCUAUGGAGGUGGAGAAGUAAUGGUCUCCGGGGAAUCAGGAAUCCGAAGGCGAGGCUCAGACUCAGCAAGUGGAGAAGAGGAGGCGGCCUCUGAGUUACAAAGACUGAACAUAAAGAAAGAUGACGAGUUCUUCCACUUUGUCCUUCUGUGCUUCGCCAUUGGGGCCUUGCUGGUGUGCUACCAUUACUAUGCGGACUGGUUCAUGUCCCUCGGGGUCGGCCUGCUCACCUUCGCCUCUCUAGAGACCAUGGGCAUCUACUUUGGGCUGGUGUACCGUGUCCACAGCGUCCUGCAGGGCUUCAUCCCCCUCUUCCAGAAGUUAAUAGGGUUCAAGAAGACCCACUGAGGCCACGGGGACAGAGCCACGUUCUGGGAGACCACAGGAGGCCAUCCCAAAGCAAUCAAGAGAGUUCUUUUCCUUCCAUGUGGGCUGGACCUUGGCAGGAGCCCAGGCCGGGGCAUCAUUUGGGCAGCCCCAGAAUUCCAUCCAGCUGCCAGGGUGGAGGGCAGAGGGAGGGCGCGGGCCUGAGCCCUUCCCAGGCACCCGGAGCAGCAGGAAGUUUCUGCAAAGCGAUGGUUCUGGGCAGAGGGCCCAAGAGCCCAGGGGACCCUCCAGGUGGGCGCUCUGUCUGGGCUUCUGGUUUCUUCCAAAAUCUCAGACCAUGCUGAUGCGCUCUGAGGUCCAAAGAGCCACCCUGGGGCAGAGCUCACUACCCAGAGCCAUGGAGCCACCAGCCUGGGUCCCCCCCCCAGUGAACCUGAUGCAGGUAAGAAGAAGGGGACCAACACCACAGCCCCUGGGAAUUUUCCCUCAGCCCUGCUGUCCCCAAAGCCAUCAAUUCAAAUAAACACUCUCCUGCACUGAAAGAGUCAACUAAA